AUGUCCGACCAGCUCAAGGACCUCGCCGAUGUCCCCAAGGACUUCAUCAAGGACGGCACCCAAUGCACUAAGCCCGACAAGCGCGAGUUCAUCAAAAUCUCUCAGGCCGUCGGUGUCGGUUUCGUGGUUAUGGGUGCUAUCGGCUACAUCGUCAAGCUCGUUCACAUCCCCGUUAACAACAUCCUGGUCGGCGGUUCGUGA